GUUAUAUCAGAUCAGAUCAUAUAAUCUCAUCAUCACCAGCAGCAGCAGCAGCAGCGCUUCACCUGAAGACAUCAUUUAAAAUCGAUGCUGCCUUAGUUUUAUGUCACCUGUUCUUUACAAUUGGUCUCAGUGUUGUUUCGAGCUCCUGAUAUCUGACCAGAGUGAAUACAGUUUCAGUGGGAGUCUGUCGAGCCUGGGGUUGUUUUGCUUCUUCAACCAGAUGAGACAGACAUGACCCAUGUAAUUAAAUCAACAACAGGCAGUGAUGGCUCUGUGGAGAGCCGUCAGGCUGGAGACGUCCAAGUGAACUCAGACGAGCAUGAGGUGAACGGUUUUAGCCAGCACUUGAGGGGAACUUCACUCCUUGAUGACCUUGAACAAGCCUCAGCUCACUUGGGAUUGAGUAUUGCAACUCCACAAACAUCCCCCACCAGCUACAAAAACAGGAUUGAGGAGUUCAGGAAGACAUUCAAAGAACUUUCUGAGUCAGAAAGACUUAUAGCAGACUAUAACUGUGCUCUUCAAAAAGACAUUUUACUACAAGGGCGCAUGUUCCUCACAGAGAACUGGCUUUGUUUCUACAGUCAUGUAUUUUGGGGAACAAAGAUUAAGGUGAAUAUGAAAGAUAUUACAUCCAUGUCGAGGGAGAAGACAGCUCGACUAAUACCAAACGCCAUUCAGAUCGUUCAGUCAGAUACAGAAAAGCUCUUCUUCACGUCUUUUUCUGCAAGGGAGAAAAGUUUCCAGAGCAUUUUCCAUAUAUGGCAGAACUGUCUGAAUAACAAGCAAUUGACUGGUCAGGAGCUGUGGCAGAUGGUCAAACAGCAUUAUGGCAAUGACUUGGGUUUGAGCCAGGAAGACAUGGAUAGUAUGCAGAUGAUAGUAGACACAGUUCCACAUAACCAGUCCAGCUUGAGCAUGAGAGCAGAGGAUCCCGCUGUAAAGUUAGAGAGACCGUCCUCUCUACGACUCCCUCAGGUUGAGCAGAUGUCACACGAGACGUCGACACCGCAGGGAGACGACACGCAGUCGUCCAUCGGCGUUCAGAGCACGCUGUCUCCAAAUGGGGAUGAUGCGCGGAGUACGCCAUCUCAGCCACGCACUCCUAAUCUAUCCCUGAACCGCUUCAGCAAUGAACGAGUGUCCAAGCGCUCUUCCCUGUCCCUGGAUCUGAAUGCCAAUGAGGACCGACUCUCGGAUAAUAGCCUGACUGAUAGCAUGGAGGAGGCAGAACGAGGUUUGACGUCCCAGGAAUCUCCGGGAAGGCUGUACGUGAACGGGGUGUUUAAUUUCAGCGUCAAGAAAAUGUUUGAUCUGCUUUUCACCAAUUCAGCUUUUUCCCAACGGUUUAUGGACGCCAGAAAGAUCACUGGUGUAACCUGUACACCUUGGCAAAGGGACAACUCUGGCAAUAAGAAGAGAACUUUAAACUACACAGUCACCAUCACCAACCCACUAGUGGGUAAAUCUUCCACUGUAACAGAAAACCAGACGCUAUAUCAGGACUCUAAGGAGGGUCAUUACUACUUGGUGGAUUCAGAAGUCUACACACAUGACGUUCCAUACCACGACUACUUCUACACUCUGAAUCGCUACCACAUCAUACACACCUCGAAGUACAAAUGUCGACUUCAGAUUUACACAGACGUGAAAUACAAUAAGCAGCCAUGGGGAGUCGUUAAGUCUUUUAUCACCAAAAACUCUUGGAGUGGCCUAGAGGAAUAUUUCAAGCACCUUGAGGCGGAGCUUCAUUCAGAAGAGCUGGAGUACACCCAAGGAUCCAGCGAUUCUGGAAAAGGUGGCUUGCGUCGAAGGCGGAGGACUUUCAGUCGUACCCUGCAGGAACACGUGAGGCCCAGCAGGCAGUACAGUGUCGAGCCCGAGCAGCACAGAGAAGGUGCAGCAGGCGUGAAGAAUACAAACCACUGGAACAUCACUUCCAUUAUAGCUGUAAUGAGCUUAAUACUGUUGGUUCUGACCAUACUGAACCUAGGACUGUUCUUUAAGUUAUGGGCCAUGGAGGACGUGGCGCAUCGUAUGUACUUGAGCACAAAGCAGCGAAUGAGGGACAGAGCCGAUGCCAGUUUGACACCUGACUUCGGCCCUCAACAGAAUACAUUCCACAGGAACCAAGAGGAUGCGCGCUUACUGAGGGCCGUGCUACAGGACUCCAUCAACCUUCUAGAACAGUUACGCAACUCUCUGGUGGUGCUUCAGCAGAACUUCCAGGGGCCCAAUAAGACGGCCUCUAAGCUAUGAUGCGCUGCCUGGUAACCCAAGAGUGCAGGGGAAUUUGGUCCACAAGGCUUUGCUCACAUCAGGGGACGUGGACGAAGGCAACAGUUACCUCAGAGACACCUUUUUGCCAUUGGGCGUUACUACCUCAGGCCUUCUGUGCUGUGGAUGUUUUGAGCCAUGUGUGAGUGUGUAGGGACUUGUAGUGGCACAGGGAGCGAUGCAGGCCCAUUGCCCCUGCAAAUUGUGAGCUCAGAGUACAUUUAAAUUCACAGGUGUUGCCUUUUUCCCUUUUGAUGAUCAUGUAAAUGCUUGCAGUCAUCUACCUUAAUUAUUGAAUGUAUCCUGUUUUAGCCUGUUGAUUAGCACAUCAGUUGUUAACACAUCUCUUUAUAACCUCUCUCUAGGGCUUUGUGUGCGAGAGUAAGAAGGCAUAAUGACUCGAUAUAACUAUUCAUAAUGAAUUUUAAAAAUAUUUUUUUACUAUGUUGAUAAAUCUGCUAAUGGCAAAAAAGUGAAUUUGAUGUUUUUAGAACACUAUUGUUGAAUGACGUACAUUAUUCCUGCUUGUAUAUGACUGAUUUACAGAUGUUUGCAGAAUACAAAUGUUUCCUUUCUAGAGUCUGCAGGGUUUAUUUUGCGUUCCUCUGGAAGACAAUAUGUACAGCAAAGUUAUAAAUAACGUGGAAUGGAUGAGCAUAAUUAUAAAUUUUUAUAUUUUAGCUGUAGGAUGUUUACACUACACUUUGAUGUAAUUUUUAAUUGUAAAGAUGGUUCGAAGGACUCAAUUAGUUGUAAUAACGUUUACAAAUGAGCUCUCCAAAGAUGGUAGAUUUUUAAAUGAUUUUGUGGUAAUUUUUUUUUUUAAUUCUAAAUGGAUAUCAAAGUGUAAGCCCAGCCUCAUACGGUAAAGCUUUUUCAGGAAAUGAUGCUAUUUUGUUUCCCUCCUGUAUGAACAUUUUAAAUAAAUUGUAUAAUGUCUAUUUAUACCUUUUAAAUAAAAGCCCUGUUUGUGGUGA